CACACAUGUAUGCAGGUGAUCGGCAGCUCGGUAUUCACAGAGACUCGUAUUGGACAGCUUUGGUUUCUACAUGUAGCGCUGUGAUUGUUAGGAAUUUCAUUCUGGACAUAAGGGGGAUUUAUCUUCAGGGCCCCCCAACCUUUCACACCUAUGUGGGAUCUCUGAGUUAAUGGCUGUGUUUGCCCGCCUCCAUCUUUCAAGUCAGCGACCGUCAUGCUCAUAACCCUCUGCUACGUGUAUUUGUGGCUGCGCUUCCGAUCCCGCUACGCCGUACUGAUCAGGCACUGUGUCGGCCGCUUCCACAGGACCAGCUCCUUCACUUUUUGCAGCCACAAUCAGGAACGGGGGGAAAAGAUCCAUAGUGGACGACAAGGGCCCGGGGAGGAAAAGUUGUGCCUAAGAGUGGGCAACAAAGCCUUCUUCAUUGACAACCGCCAGCUCUUUGAAGAUCUGAACAAGUGGAGCCUGUUGCUGAGCCCCCGCAGUGAUAGUCAUCUCGGAGUCAGGAGGAUCGCCUUUAUUACAGAGAGCGCUUCAUUACCCAGUGAAACCUUAUCAGCUGCUUCGCACUCUCCCAAAAAGGUUCGGAAGCUCUCUGAAUACUGUUUACCUCUGGCUCUCUACCAUGGAGACUCUUCAAGGUUACUGGCGGAAGCGAGCGUAGAUAACUUCAGCGAGCUGGGUAUAGCAUUCAUGGAAGAUCGCCUGCAGAUGGACAAUGGAUCACUUCCUCAGAAGAUAACCUCUGUGCACUUAAGAGAGUCCUUGGCCAAUAAAAGUGAAGCGUUACAAGAAGACGGCUUAGUUGAGACAACAUCCACGAAGGAACCAAACGUUUCCAGUUCUGAGAAGAACCCUAAAGAGGAUAUGGGGGCAGCCGAGAGUGCCGAGAUGAUUUGUAGCCAGAAAAGUGAUGGAAAUUCUGAUGCGAGUGGUGGAACUGAUCCUGAACAGAAGGAUGAAGCUGUUGGAGAGCAUCUUCAUCUCCACCUAUCUAGCUGCCACGAGUGCCUCGAGUUGGAGAGCUGUACCAUCGAGUCGGUAAAGUUUGCGUCUGCUGAAAACAUUCCAGAGCUCCCAGAUGAUUCCUUCAGCUUCGAGGACAAUUCUGAUUGUCUUGGAGAGGCAUCAGCCCUUAAUAGAAGCGGCAAGCCACCAAACGUUCUCAUAUAUGGUGGCACUUCAUCCCAAGACCGUCUGCAGCAAGUCAAAGAUGUUCUUCUCCAGUGCUUUGAUUCAUGUCGAUAUGUGGUCUACCCUCUCCGGGAGGAGCAAGCCCUCAAGGAUCCAUGGAUGGAUAACUGCUUGUUAUUGGUGGUGGUGGCCGAGGAGCCAAUACCAUCCCAGGUUCAAAACCAGUUCAUUUCCUACAUGGAAAAUGGUGGGAAGAUUCUGGGUCUCUCCUCCUCAUUUACAUUUGGUAACUUGGGUUUACAAACGAGGCCUCAACUAAAGGACUGCGUUCAAGCUUUUGUUUUUGAUGGACCCAAUGGCAACCUAAUUAAUUUCAAUGGGCUCGCCAGUGGCUAUGUGUAUGAGAUGCCCAGAGAUGAUCAAGUGGAUGGGUGGAUCUACAUAGACGGUGACAAUCGAGAUUUGAUAAUGGUCCACCAGACCUAUGGAGACUGUGGCGGAGAAGCUGUUCUUUGUCAGGUGAGACUGGAGAUCGCUCCGCAGUGUCAGACGGAUUAUAAUAAGGAGACUUUUGACUCUCUCAAGCUGGGCAACCCCCAGAGGCACGAGGUGCUGACUGAGGUCCUCACCAGUCUCGGCCUGAAUUGUGGAAGCAGCUCUGUACCCUCUCUGACACCUGUCUACCUGCUGACUGCCCGACAGGAGGAUUACCCUGAUGUUCUCCAGUGGAUUCAAUCAAGAAGCAAAAAUGGUUUGAUAAAAUCUAGCAAGAUGUCUUUGAAAAUCUGCGACUGCCCUCAGCAUGAUAUGGACAUCAGUCCAUCUCUAGGUGCACUCAUCACUGGAGAGGAAAGCUUCACGUCUGAGGACUUCAACAUGAACAGAUACCGGGAGAAUCUCCAAACCGAAAAGCUUGGUAAAGCCGUACUGUUUUCAGAGGUCACUACCUCCACGUUUAGUGUUCUUGAUGGGCUGAUGUUUCACGAACCAAAGGAAAUGGGGUUAAUCGCUAUCGCAACUCAGCAGACUCAGGGCAAAGGUCGGGGUGGAAACGACUGGCUCAGCCCUAAAGGAGGUGCCUUAAUGACAUUGCUUGUCACCAUUCCCGUGUCGUCUCCACUGGGGCAGAGGAUCGCCUUUGUACAGCACCUGAUGUCCUUGGCCGUUGUGGAGGCUGUGAGGACGCUGCCUGGAUAUGAGGAUAUUGAGUUGAAUUUGAAGUGGCCGAAUGAUAUUUAUUACAGUAAUCUGAUGAAGGUCGGGGGAGUCCUGGUCAACUCGACACUCAUGGGAAAUAUGUUUCAUAUACUGAUCGGUUGUGGGUUCAACGUCACUAACAGUAACCCAACAAUCUGCAUCAAUGAUCUCGUCUAUGAGCACAACAAGAGAUAUGAAACAAAUAUUGAUCCGCUAAGGGUGGAUACCUUGAUAGCCCGGUCUGUGACCGCUCUGGAGAGACUUAUUGAUAUUUUUCAGAAGAAAGGAUCCAAUGGUAUUCUGCCUUCCUAUUAUAAAUAUUGGGUACACAGUGGGCAGAAGAUUCGGCUCGGUGGUGAGGACGGCCCUUUAGUUGAGAUUGUUGGACUAGAUGACUCCGGGUUUCUUCAAGUUCUCCAAGAUGGGAAAAUUAUUGUCACUGUCCAUCCAGACGGCAACUCCUUUGACAUGAUCAGAAACUUGAUUAUACCGAAGCGCUCCUAAUCCGGAUUUCUCUUAAAUAUAGACAUUCCUGGAAUCGGUGGUCGGCUUGGUCGCUGUCUGAAAUAGAUAUAUUUUUAAUCCACCCCCCUGGACGGGUGUAGGUGAUUUCCUUCAUGUAUGGAUCUAUUAAGCCUCUAUAACUUUUAUAGUCUGGCGCAAUCUAUAGGAUGCUCGGAGCUGUAUGGAAAUACUCUAUAUUAUUACAAUGGACUGACUCAUUUAGGGACUUGUCUACAGGUACUUGGGAGUUUGGGGGGCUGGAUGUAACUUAAAUUAAACUUUAGUUAACAUGCAAAUAAAGGAAAAUUAUCCCAA